UGCUGCAGUCUUAAGACAGAUAAGACCUCCAAGCUCAAAAACCUUGUUUAUAGAAGAAACUCAAAAUCAGAAUUCAUUCAUUUGAAUUUGAGCCAAAAAUCAUAAUUUGAGUCAAAAUUUCCAAAUACUCAAAAAGUCAUAAAAGUUUUAAAACUUGUAUAACUUAAUUCCGUUUUUUGUUCUGGAUCAUUUAUCGAUCAGAAUCGUCCUUUGAUUGGUGAACUUCGUAAUCAAAAUAUAUUUUGUGUAAAUUCGUUCAAAAAGCACCUUUUGUUCUUUACCAUGAAAUAUAUUUUUAAGGACUAGACAUGGAAGCUCUCUUAGUUUAUGAAUUUGUGUAAACAGUGAACCGUCAAUUAAAGUCCAAAGGGUUUAGUGUUGAGUAAUUUUAGUCGAAAGAAAGUCAACCAAAAGUCUGAAACACCCCAUUCACCAGUAUUUGUUUGUACCAAAAUUUCUAGAUCCGUCCCUAUUCACCGGUUGGAUCUUAGGUUCAGUUUUUAAAACACUAAAUGUUAGACAAUUUAGAGAGAAAAAUUUGAUAUUUCAUAAAUGUGACGUUCCGAAUGUAAAUAACAGUGACAUAAUUUUGUCUAAACAAAAAUUUGCGGUCAUUGAGAGUAACGAUUUUGACGAGUUGGGCCAUGGAUAACAAUGGCGCCUUUGGAAAGAAAAGAAAAUACGCAUGCUAGAAAAUAUCUUCCUACAAGUCCUUCCAAACAAACUAUAUAAGUUUCCAUGCCGUGUUACUUGUGUUUCAUGAAUUGAUUCCAAGGUAAAAACACUCUUGUCCUUGUCUUAUUCUGGUGCAGUACAAGGUUUCACUUUCUUCACAUUACAUGUUAAAUUUUAUAUUUCCUUGAAGCCCCAUAACAAGUUAGUCAAUAGUCAUUGAUUAGAACGCUUGGAAUAAUUAAUUGUUAUGAUAUUAAUAACAUGUGUGUUUUCUCUUAGUCUCUAUCAAGAAAAUUAAUUAGGAGGAGUGAAAAUUCCAUGAUUCUCGUAAUUUCUGCAUAUGGACAGUGACUGUAAAGUUUGAACCUAUUAUAACAUAAAGUCUUCGAUUUUUCAGCCAAUGAAACCAUAAGAUAUUAUUGCAAUUUUUUGACUCUUUGUAUUUACUAUUCCAACCAAAUGGACCAUAACAGAUUAGUCUUUGCCUUAUACAUCAUGAGUAACUUUCCUUUGUUCAAUAAUGUAUUGAGAAAUGCUAAGAACACUCUCUUUCUAGCACUCUCUCUAACACUCACUCUCCUAUUGGAUUAAACACAUGUGGGUCUCACCAUUUUAUGUGGGGUCCAUUUCCAAUGUAUGAUACCCACAUGAAUUUCACCCAAUAAGAGAGUGAGUGUUGGAGAGAGUGUUAGAAAGAGAGUGUCCAUAGCACCCCUCAUAAUGUAUUUGUCCAAUCUUACGAUGAGUAACUUUCUCAUGCAUGACUUUUAAAUAUAUAAGGAGUUUUCAGUUCCCCUUUUCUUCAACGUGAAUGUUAUAAGCUCUAACUCUUUUAUUUAUUUUGUAAUGAGUUUCAUUACUUAUAUUCUAUUUGCUCUUUCUCUUAUUGUCUCCAAUUCCAUAGCCAGUGAUGACACAUCAUCCAUCAUUACUCAAUCUCAAUCCAUCAGUGAUGGAGAGACCAUUGGUUCACCAAAAGGACUCUUUGAGCUUGGUUUCUUCAGUAUUACAAAUCCAAACAAACGCUACCUCGGAAUUCGAUUCAAGAAUAUUCCAACUCAAAAUGUUGUCUGGGUUGCAAAUGGUGGCAAGCCAAUCAAUGACUCUUCUGCCACUUUGAAAUUAAACAGCUCUGGCAGUUUGGUUCUUACUCAUAACAACGACAUUGUUUGGUUCACAAAUUCUUCCACAAAUGUACAGAAACCAGUGGCACAACUCUUGGAUACUGGCAAUCUUGUUGUAAAAGAUAGUGUAACGGAAACCUAUCUGUGGCAAAGCUUUGACUAUCCAUCUAAUACAUUGUUGUCAGGUAUGAAAUUGGGAUGGGACCGCAAAAAAAAAUUGAAUAGGCGUCUCACAGCAUGGAAGAGUGACGAUGAUCCAACCCCGGGGGACUUUUCUUGGGGUGUUGUAUUGAAUCCGUAUCCUGAAAUCUAUAUGAUGAAGGAAGAACAAAAGUACUACAGAUUUGGACCAUGGAACGGCUUGCGUUUUAGUGGUAGGCCAGAUAUGAAGCCUAAUAACGUUUACAAUUACAACUUCAUCUGCAAUAAAGAAGAGGUUUAUUACACAUGGAACAUCAAAGAUAGUUCACUAAUAUCAAAAGUGGUACUUAACCAAACCAGUUAUGAACGUCCACGCUACAUAUGGUCAAAAGACGACGAAUUAUGGAUGCUUUAUUCAAAAAUACCAGCAGACUAUUGUGACCACUAUGGUCUAUGUGGAGUCAAUGGAUACUGCAGCAGUACUAAUUCACCAACAUGUGAAUGUUUAAAAGGGUUUAAGCCUAAGUUUCCUGAAAAAUGGAACUCGAUGGAUUGGUCCCAAGGAUGUGUCAGGAAUCAUCCAUUGAACUGCACCAAUGAUGGGUUUGUCUCCGUGGCAAACUUGAAAGUACCGGAUACUACAUAUACUUUGGUGGAUGAGAGUAUAGGUCUAGACCAAUGUAGAGGCAAAUGCUUGAAUAAUUGUUCAUGCAUGGCCUAUACAAAUACAAAUAUAAGUGGAGCAGGAAGUGGUUGUGUUAUGUGGUUUGGUGAUUUAAUUGAUAUCAAACUUAUUCCAGUUGGUGGGCAAGGUCUAUAUAUCAGGAUGCCUGCUUCGGAAUUAGACAAAGCCAACAAUAAUACUGAGGACGAGCACAGGACGAACUCGAGAAAAAUAGUUGUAAUAACAGUUUCUGCAGCUUUGGGAAUGCUUUUACUUGCUAUUUAUUUUUUCUACAGACUCAGGAGGAGCAUUGUUGGGAAGUUAAAGACAAAAGGUAACUUUGAAAGACACAUGGACGAUCUGGAUCUCCCAUUGCUUGAUUUGUCAACAAUUAUUACUGCUACUGACAAUUUCUCAGAGAAGAACAAAAUUGGAGAAGGUGGUUUUGGAACUGUAUAUUUGGGAAAAUUAGGGAGUGGGCUAGAAAUUGCUAUAAAGAGACUUUCACAGGGCUCAAGACAAGGGACGAGAGAGUUCAUAAAUGAAGUAAAACUUAUUGCAAAUGUUCAGCACCGAAAUCUUGUAAAGCUUAUUGGCUGUUGCAUUGAGAGAGAAGAAAAAAUGUUAGUUUAUGAAUACAUGGCUAAUGGUAGCCUGGACUACUUCAUUUUUGAUCGUACCAAAAGUAAAUUGCUAGAUUGGCCAAAGCGUUUCCACAUAAUCUGUGGAAUUGCUAGAGGGCUUAUGUAUCUUCAUCAAGAUUCUCGAUUGCGGAUUGUCCAUAGAGAUCUCAAAACAGGUAAUGUUUUACUAGAUGAUACUUUGAAUCCAAAAAUAUCAGAUUUUGGAUUGGCUAGAACUUUUGGAGGAAACCAAAUUGAAGGAAACACAGAUAGAAUUGUUGGGACAUAUGGGUACAUGGCACCAGAGUAUGCUAUUGAUGGACAAUUUUCCGUGAAAUCCGACGUUUUCAGCUUUGGUAUUUUACUGUUAGAGAUUAUAUGUGGCAAGAAAAAUCGAGUGUGUCAUCGUACAAAGCAAACUCUUAACCUUGUUGCUUACGCAUGGACAUUCUGGAAGCAUGGAAGACCUUUACAGAUAAUUGACUCAAACAUAGUGGAUUCAUGCAUUGUAUCUGAAGUAUCGCGUUGCAUCCACGUUGGACUCUUAUGUGUGCAACAAUAUCCAGAGGAUAGGCCUACCAUGGCUGAUGUGAUUCUAAUGUUAGGGAGUGAGAUGAUGACAUUAGAUGAGCCUAAGGAGCCAGGUUUUACUACGAGGAAAGAAUCUGCUGAAGCAAAUUCAAGCUCAAGUGGGAAGGAUACAAGUUCAAACUAUGAAAUGACAAUGAGCUCUUUUAGUGCUCGGUGAAAAUCAAUAGGAUACUGGUACGUAUUUCAGUAAAGGAGGUAUAAUUCCAUGGGGAACAAAGUCACUAGUAAAGUACUAGUGUUCAAAUACUUUUGUACUUGAAUGUUUAAAGUAAAUUUAGUUGACACUUAAUUUAAAACUUUAUAAUAAAUAUAGAAAUGUGAAUUACAAUCCUGUUCUGCAGUAUGUUCAUGUCCGGCCAUAGUUUACCUGCCAUAUUUAGUUUUGGGGCACUCAAGCGGGCAACCAUUUGGAUACCCCGUAUUAAAGUUGUACCGAAGUUCCACAUUGUUUUGAUUCUUAGGCCGUUGGAUAUUUAAAAGUUUUUGUGUACCUUCAUCCCUUUGGCUAGCUUUUGGGACGAGAGAGAUCUAAGUACAUUUAACAUGGUAUCUGAGGUAGGUUAAGAUUACAAUAUAGGAAUUGGACUAGGGAUUCACGCUAGACGUGUGGGUGAGUCUUAGAGUUUCAUAUUGCUCAAGUUCUUGGAUUG